ACAUCCAUAGAAACAAAUGCUAUAAGCAUUUGGUUUUCGGUUGUAAAAUUUUGACCCGAUUUAGGCCUUAUUUCAAGAUAAAAUCAAUAAUCAUGGAUUCUGAAUCUAUUUAGUUACAAUUCCAAAAAUCCGAUUUUAGAUGAAAAAAUGUUCGCGCGGAUUACUUUUUAUCCAACUUUGCUUUAUAAUGUUUUGAUGGAAAAAGUGACACCCAGGCAAUGGUAUAACAGGAUCGACGAUACCGUUUUGUUGGGAGCAUUGCCCUUUCCUGAUGUGGCAAAAGGGCUUGCAGAAAAAGAAAAUGUAAAAGCCGUGGUUUCGAUGAAUGAAGACUAUGAACUACUUCUAGCUGCCGAUGGAAAGGUUUGGAGAGGUCAGGGUAUUGCCUUUUUACAAUUAGCCACAACAGACAUUUUUGCUACUCCCUGCCAGAAAAAAUUAAAUGAAGGUGUGGAGUUUAUAAACCAAUUUGUGAAGCCAGAGAAUGUGAUCAAUGGAGUUUCACCCAGUUCAGUAUAUGUACAUUGCAAAGCAGGUCGCACAAGAAGUGCGACACUUGUAGGAUGCUAUUUAAUGAAGAGAUACAAUUGGACCCCCGAACAGGCAGUAAAUCAUAUGAAAGAGAAGCGCCCUCACAUAUUGUUGCACAGCAAGCAGUGGGAUGCUUUAAGGAUAUUUCAUCAAACCAACAUAGAAGACACUUAAUUCAGAUUUGCAU